ACUGCCUCCGCAAGAAGAAAGGCCACACUGCUCAGUGCGUCUGCUUGGUUGAUCACUCAGGCAACCGUACUAUGCGUCCCUCUCUCUCCAAUGCUGUCAAAGUUCAGGCACACGAACUCGUUCGAGAGGACUUCAAGGGUUCCAAGUGGCUGGUUUUGAGGUAUGCAAUUCUCAAUUUGGAAGUUAUUCAAGCAGCAAUCUCUUUGGCCAAACAGGAAGGUCUUCUUGUUUCUUUGGAUUUGGCCAGUUUUGAGAUGGUGAGGAAAUUUAAGCCACCACUUAUGAAGUUAUUGGAGUCUGGCAAUAUAGACCUCUGUUUUGCCAAUGAGGAUGAAGCAACGGAACUUCUAAGGGAUGAGCAUAAUGCCGAUCCAGUUGCUGCUGUAGAAUUUCUAGCUAAGUAUUGCAAAUGGGCUGUGGUAACUUUGGGCCAUAAUGGAUGCAUUGCUAAACAUGGCAAGGAGAUGGUACGGGUCCCGGCCAUAGGAGAAGCAAAAGCAAUAGAUGCUACUGGAGCAGGGGACCUUUUUGCUAGUGGAUUUUUGUAUGGAAUGGUGAAGGGUUUGUCCCUUGAAGAAUGUUGCAAAAUAGGUGCAUGUAGUGGCGGAUCUGUUACCCGCUCUCUUGGUGGUGAGGUGACAUUAGAGAAUCGGCAAUGGCUGUACAAGCAGAUGAAGAUAAGAGAUCUUCACAUGCCUGAUGGCAUAUGCGAAUGAACAGCGGCAGUGAAGUGAAAUAAACUUCAGGCGCCCGUUUCUUCUUGCAUAAUUUUUGUUCACUUUUCUCCCUCAAAAUUUUGUUCUUAUUCGGUUGGCAAAUGCAUGGCCAUAUACGACAACUUUACUAUAUAUAGUUCGAAUGCUUGAUAAUCUAGCUGGGUUAGCACUUAGCAGGUAAUGUUAACGGAAACAAAAUUUGAUGACACUAUGAACUGUCAUUCUAGCUUUAUAUGAUUCUCUCUACUUUUUUUUU